AUGACCUCCAACCCCAACUCCGACAACAACCCGGACCGCGACCCAGAAGCAGCCCUCACCCGCCUCCCCUCCGGCCCCGCCUACACCACCUUCCCCCCGUCCACCCGCAAAUGGAUAGUAACAAUGAUAACCUUCGCCGGCUUCAUCUCGCCCAUGACAGCAAACAUCUACUUCCCCGUGCUCGACGCCGUCUCUCGCGACUUAUCCAUAUCCCUCUCCAAAGCCAACCUGACGCUAACGACCUACAUGAUAAUGCAAGCCUUUUCGCCGACGCUUUACGGUGAUUUCGGCGACGCAGCCGGUCGUCGACCUGCUUUCAUUAUUUCCUUUUUGGUGUACAUCUGCGCGAAUCUGGGCUUAGCGCUGCAAAAGAAUUACGCUGCGCUACUUGUGUUGAGGAUGUUGCAGAGUUUUGGAAGCUCCGGGUCACUGGCGCUUUGUUACGCUGUGGUUGCUGACGUUGCGGUUUCUGCUGAACGGGGGAAGUACAUGGGUUUUGUCAGUGCGGGGAUUAAUAUUGGGCCCAGUUUGAGUCCCGUUGUGGGAGGGCUGAUUGGGCAGUACUUGGGUUGGCACGCCAUCUUUUGGUUUUGUCUAAUAUAUACGGCGGUGUGGCUGGUCCCGUAUGUGUUGUUCGUGCCGGAGACGUGCAGGAAUGUGGUUGGGAAUGGGAGCGUGAAACCGACGGUUUGGUGGAAUAUGACACUUUUGGAGUUUUUGAGGGCUCGGGCAAGAAGAAGACAGCAGCAGGCUACGGGGUCUGAGUCGGGGUCUGAAGAAAAGGAGGAGGAGGAAGCGAAAUCACGGAAGGCAGAAAAAGGAAAAAGGCCGAAACUGCGCUUCCCCAACCCCUUCAACACCCUGCGCGUAGUCUUCAACCCCGACCUAGGCCUGCUGAUCUUCUACGGAACGAUUAUCUACCUGGUAUUCAUCCUCAUCUGCGCCACGCUGGGCACGCAGUUCGCCGACAGGUACGGGUAUAACCAGCUGCAGACAGGUCUAUGCUAUUUACCGUAUGGAAUAGGCUGCACAGUCGCGGCUGUCGUGCAAGGCAGGAUUUUGGACUGGAAUUACCGCCGCUUGGCGAAAAAGAUGGGCAUGACGAUCGAUUAUAAGCGCGGCGACGACUUGUCCAAGUUUCCCAUCGAAAAGGCCAGGCUGCAGCCUGUUAUUCCCAUACUGGGUGUCGGUGUGCUAGCGACCAUCGGGUAUGCCUGGGCGUUGGAGACCACCACGCAUGUAGCUGGCCCUUUGGUACUGUUGUUUGUCGUCGGCUUAUGCGUGACAGGCAGUUUUAGUCUGGUGAAUACCCUCGUCGUGGACUUGUACCUGGAAGCGCCAGCGACGGCGGUGGCGGCGACGAAUUUGGUGCGGUGUCUGUGCGGCGCGGGCGCGACGGCGUUUAUCGAUGCCAUGUUGCAGAAGAUGGGGGUGGGUUGGACGUUUACGUUUUGGCCGCUGGUGAUGGUGGUGUUUAGUCCGGUUAUUUGGGUGUUGAUGACGAGGGGGCCCGGGUGGAGGGCGCGGAGGAAGGCGAGGUUUCAGAGGGAGAGGGAGAGGAAGGAGGGGAAGGAGAGGUCGGCUAAUGAGGGGAGUUUAAAUAUCUGCGAUGGUUCUUCAGCGAGAGUUGAGAAGACGGAGGAGGGUGAAAGGGAGAAGAGGGUGGAGGAUGGGAUACCUGUGACUGAGGGGAAGAAGGGGGAGGGCUCAGGGAGCUAG